AACCGUAGGUUCCUGAAGCCAUUGGGAGUCUAACCCUGCGCAUGCGCAGACCGGCUUGCUUUAGCAGCUGUAUUUCCUGCUUGCUGUUUCCUCUCGAAGCGAUGGCAGAAGUGAAAGCCUCCCUGAUUUGUGGCGUUGUGGCGGCUUUGCUGGCGUCGGCGACGCUCGCGUUUGUUGAAGACUUGGAUGACACAUUUAAAGACAUCAGAGUGAACGAUAUCUGGCUGGUUGAUUUCUAUGCGCCGUGGUGCGGCUACUGUAAAAAGCUCGAGCCGGUAUGGCACGACGUGGGAGUGGAGCUGAAGACCUCCGGGUCGCCGGUCCGCGUGGGAAAGAUGGACGGCACCGCUUACUCCGGGAUGUCGUCGGAGUUCGGCGUUCGUGGUUACCCCACGAUAAAACUGUUAAAGGGGGAUCUCGCCUACAACUACAAGGGACCCAGGACAAAAGAUGACAUCGUGGAGUUUGCCAACAGGGUGGCGGGACCGGCCGUCAGGGCGCUCCCCAGCAAGCAGAUGUUCGAGCACAUGAUGAAGCGGCACAAUGUGCUUUUUGUGUACGUCGGCGGGGAGUCCCCCCUCAAAGAGAAGUACAACGACGUCGCCGCCGAGCUCAUCGUCUCCACUUAUUUCUUCUCGGCUUCGGAGGAAGUCUUUCCCGAGUCGGUAACUUUGCCCGAGCUCCCCGCGGUCGUAGUCUUUAAGGACGGGGCCUACUUCACCUACGAUGAAUACGCAGAUGCCAGUUUGUCAUCGUGGGUGAACAAGGAGCGCUUCCAAGGAUACCUCCAGAUUGAUGGCUUCAUCCUCUAUGAGCUCGGAGAAACAGGCAAAUUGGUAGCGAUCGCAGUCAUCGAUGAGAAGGACCCCACAGAGGAGAGUGGCAGAUUAAAGACCUUGAUUCAGAGGGUGGCGAAGGAAUACAGAGAACAUUUUAACAGAGACUUCCAGUUCGGCCACAUGGACGGGAACGACUACAUCAACAGCCUCAUUAUGGGCGAGGUGGCGGUGCCCUCCGUCGUCAUCCUCAACACGUCCAACGAGCAGUACUUCCUGCCCAGUGAGCCGAUCGACACCAUGGAGCAGCUGGUCCAGUUCAUCAACGGUGUUUUGAACGGUUCCGCACAGGCGCACGGCGGCGACGGCUUCGUUCAGAGGAUCAAGCGCGUGGCCUUCGAUGCCAGAUCCACCAUCAUGUCGGUGUUCCGCAGCUCGCCGCUGCUCGGCUGCUUCCUGUUCGGCCUGCCGCUGGGCGUCAUCAGCCUCAUGUGCUACGGCAUCUGCACGGCCGAGUCGGACGACGGCUCCGACGACGUGGACGCCGCGCUCAAGAGGGAGGGCCUGACCGACGAAGAAGAGGAGGAGGAGGAGGACGGCGACGAGGAGAGGGAACGCGCCCCCGAGCUGGAGGGCCCAGAAGAGGGCGAGGAAGAGGAGGAGGAGGAGGAGGAGGUCGUUGGAGGAGGAGGAGAGAAGGACCCCGGGGAGAAGAAAACCGAUUAACGCAGGUGCUCCCAGCGCGGUGACGUGAAACUCAAAGACACAUCGAUGUGUUGCUGUUCUGCUUCUGUGUCUUUCAUACCCCACCCCCUCUCUAAAGCCCCUCUGGCACAGACUUUGAGUCCUGUGUUAAAGGUCGGCCGCUCUGCCACGCUUCAAGCUAACCGCCUUUCCUUUUUUUUCUUUUCAUUUUUUUUGUACCGCCGUGUUCAGCACGUAACGCUCGAGAGACGCAGGCGGAGAACCAAUCGAACCUCCUUAUUUAUUACGAUUGGACCGACCAGUGGUUUUAUUGCGACGUGUGACUCGCUCUCUCUCUCUCGUUGUUGUUGUUUUUGUAUCUACUAAAAAGCUCCCGUUGUGUCUUCUUCUUCUUCUUCUUUUUCCUUCUCUUUUUCUGUUGUAGUCAUAUCCCAAUCGUUUUUUAAAAAUCUUUUAAAUUCCAUUAUAAACCCGCCUUCCUACUGAUGUGACCGCACAUGCAUCUCUUUCACCUCGACCCUCAGCCCAAAGUUAAAGCUUAUCUAAGUGUGUGUGUGUGUGUGUGUGUGUGUGUGUGUGUGUGUGUGUGUGUGUGUGUGUGUGUGUGUGUGUGUGUGUGUGUGUGUGUGUGUGUGUGUGUGUGUGUGUGUGUGUGUGUGUGUGUGUGUGUGGCAAAAGGAAGUGCACAAGAAGGAAAAUCUGCCAUGAAUGAAUUGUGCUUUUUCUAUUUGAUGUUAUUGCCUGAAAAUAUUUAUUCUUCUUUUGUUGUUCUUCUUCUUCUCUGGGCGCAAAGUGCCGAGACAUUCGUGAAUUUCUCACCUGUUAGAGUCCAUUAAUGCAAAAAGGCUGCAUUGGUAACUGCCGUCAGUCUGUCUGUUACUGGGAUAUGGCAAAUGUACUUUUUCUUUCUCUCCUUCUGUCUUUUUUUUCUUCCUCAACAUGGCCGACCUGCUUAAAAUUCUCCGUACAGAUGAGUUGCGCCUGUCGAGCAGACGUCCAUAAAAGGCAUCGGUCGUUUAACAAGUCCUUUUCUUCACAUCGCCCGGCUCGGCCUCGUUCCACAUUUCAAUCUGUCUUCCAUCACCGGUUUCCAUAUUGAAUUCAGUCGGCAGGUUGAAGUUUAAAUCCCGACGCACUGAGACGGGGUUUAACCCCUUGUUUACUGUUAGAGUAACCGCUGCUCGUUCUCUCCACGCCGUCGUCUCUCCCAUUGUCACACACUCACAGCGAAAGCGUGCGCUGCAGCCGGAGUCGAGUCGGGCUCGUGGCUUCCGCUUGGGUUUCAGUCUGUUACAUAACAAACACCGGGCUCUCAAGUGUCACGCAUUGAGCGUGAGACUCACGCAUUUCGGUCUUAAGUCACGCUUCCCGACAUGCGCUACGCCCGGUGGAAUGCGCUGAUUGGGAACACCUGCUCGGAUUGGCAAAUUUAGGAAAUGCGCCUCUUCACUUCAAGACGAUUCUCUCGUGUCCGAAGGGAGACCAUGAAGCCAGUGUGUGCUAAGCUAAACUAAGCUAAGCUAACGAGCUGCUGGCAAAGAAUGGAAACCGCUAGCCGGGUUCUGUCUAGAGUCUGCACACCGGCCGAAGAUGGAAGGUGUUCAUCAGAGAGCCGGAGAGAUUUCCCCCUUUGCAUCCAGUCUUUAUAGAUAGAUAUAUACUUUUAUUAAUCCCCAAGGGGAAAUUAGAAAUUAUGCUAAACUAAGCUAAACUAAGCUAGCAAGCGGCUGGCUCCAGUUCCAUAUCCGCCGCGCGGUCCUCUCCUUCGACUCCCGACUAGAAGGCCAAUAUGCGUACUUCCCUAAAUGGCAGAACUAUUCCCUCUUCUGAGUGGCUGGAUUAUUAUUCCCUCUGCAUUAUUCAUUUUUCAUUAUUCGAAUCAUAUCCCGCGUUACAGAGCCGGCUAGCAAUUACAAGUUUUUAAAAAUGAGCAACGACGGCGUCCGUAACGGGCUUUCUCUCCGGGGAGCGUUGAGUUCAUCCUCGAGGAAGAGGAGCGAGACGAAGUCGCCCGCGAAUCCCGACUUUCGACUUUCUUUCGACUGAACGGGCGACUAAUCUACUGCGCGGGCUUUUGAAUGAUGUUUUUUCCAAAUGGGAAUGAAUGUUUUGAGCGGUUUGUGCUGUAAUGGUGUGAAGGUGAUCCCCCACCCCCCAUUUUUUUUCUUUUUUAAAGUGUAACGGUAAGUAAUAAGGUCGCUUCAAGAUUCAACACUCUUCAUUUCGCCGUGCUUUUGUAGCUCAGUACAUCUGGACUCGGCUCCUCGGCCUGAGGACGCCUGGUGUUUUUAAUAUACGGAGGUCAUCUGUAUUAUUACUGUGAACGAGCACUAAAGGAAACCAUGCCCUCGCCUUGCCUUCUGGUCCUUGUAGUUGCUGACCAUUCUCUGCCAAAUGUCCUCUUUUGGGUUUGAAUUGAGAUUGUCAAACUUUAUUACAGGUUUAAAAGAUUGAAAUAAAGACUGUCCUCUUUUUUUCCCCUCUC